AUGUCCCAGCUGAGCUCAGCUAGCCGCCUGGCUGCAACGCUGCUCCUCCUCGCUGCUGCAGCGGCAGGCUCAGUCCUUCCAUCUCCUCUGGCAGAGGUCCCAGCAUGCCAGAACCACAUCGAUGCGCUGCAGACCACCUGCCUCCAGUUCGUCAAGAAGGAUGGCCCCAAGGUGCAGCCGUCGCCGGACUGCUGUGCGACCGUGAAGGCGCUUGCAGACGCCGACGUGCCCUGCGUCUGUGACUACCUGGGCUCCCCCGCCGCCAGGGAGAAAAUAAGCCUGGAGAAGGUGUUCUACGUCACCAAGCAGUGCGGCGUCACCAUCCCCGGGACCUGCGGAGCAUUACCAGAAGGCCCUGGACUGGAAGGGUUCCAGCCUUGCCUUGGCAUCUGGCAGCAGCGCCUGCACGUCCUGCACCAUGUGAGCCUUCUCUGUCACUCAGAGCAGCUCAGCAAGUACACCAGCCUGAGCGAGUUCCUUGCUCCAUGGCAUGUACAACGCAAUGGCACGGAUAUGCCCUGCGUCUGCAACUACAUGGGCUUCCCCAGAGUCAGGGACAACAUAAGCCUGGAGAAGGUGUUCUAUGUCACCAAGCAGUGCGGCAUCACCAUCCCCAGGAGUUACGUAGGAUCAAAGCAGCUCUGA